GUGCUAAGGAGUGGGUCAAUCGAGGAAAACACAAGGUAUUUAACUUCACUUUGGACAUAGUUGCUGGCACCGGAACUGAUAUUCCUGACGAUUGGCUUCAGGAUGACAAUGCAAAAAAUCCUGAAAAAUCGGAGCCUUUCGACAGUAAGCAGGAUCAUACAAGUUCAAGUGGGGAACCUGAGAGUAUGACAUCAAAAAUCCCCCUAGCAAGUGGACCUCAGACUGCAACAUUCGAACAAAAUUCUUCAAAAUCUGGCGUGCCACCAAUGUACUAUCCGACUUAUCCAAGUAUGCCUAUGGCAGACGCCAUGGAACCACCUUCCUAUGAUAGCCAUAAUUUCCAGUAUGGUUCUCAAUCUAUGCAAACACCCCAAUCCGCCCAGAUACAUGUAUUGUACAGCAAAGAAGAAAAACCGAGCUUCGAUAAAUGUCCUGUGAAAACACCUGCAGAAGAUAAUUUAUCCAACCAGAAGAAUAUUCAGGAAGAAAAACAGACUUCUGAUGCAUAUGACAGUAUUAAGAUUUGCAAUCUGCCAGGUAGUAUUACCGAUGACUCUAUUUCCGAUUAUUUUGAAAACGUGAAAAGAAGUGGAGGUGGACCUGUCUCUAAAGUUAUAUACGACGAGGAGAGAAAAACAGCCUUUGUUACGUUUGAGGAUCCAAAUG